CCCCUCGAGACUCUUUUCAUUUCAGUUCAGCUCUAUUUCCUGUGCCAGUAGAACUCUGUUGGCGUCAUGAAGUGGCUGAGCGUUUUUUUCCUGGUUUUCCUCUGCGCUUCGGGAACUGAAAUCGAGCCAGGAGAUCCUGAGGAUAUUGGACCCGAUGCUCCUCAAGGCACAGCUCCACCGACUCAAACCUCUGACCUCCCCGAAGAGACAAAGAUUGAAUUGAGUCUGGAUGCGCGCAUUCGUCAGCUGUUGGAACACUACAAACAAGAUGAUCCGCUCGGCAUACCGGGAGUGCCCAUCCCUGAUCCCAUGCCCAUUCCAGAUUUCGAAGGCGAUUUCCCAGCGGCAAAAAUUAAAUUCUCUGAAGCUGAACUCCAGCAGCUCUCCCAGUUUCGCAUCAAUUACGUCAGAACCGACCUAAAAGAUUUGAAGGUUUGGAUUGGUAUGACUUUCGACACUCUGCAAGUGGUCGGUCGAUAUCGUAUGAGCUCCUGGUUCAGUACCUCAUCAGGCGACUUUAACGUCACUCUAAUCCGCGUUCACGCCGAAGGAUUCGCCGGAUUAGUCGUCGACUCUGAGGGUCUCAUGCAAGCUACCAACAUUACCUUCGAUGUUGGCUUUAAAGACAUUACCAUGAAAUUCGAGAAUUUGGGAUUUUUCGGUAGUCUGUUUCAGGGAAUUAUCAACUCGGUUGGCACUUUCAUCUUUGAUUCCAUCAAACCAUUGAUUCUUGGUCAAAUCAACGAUCAAGUUCAAACCAAUGUCAACAGCCAGAUGAAGAAACUGAAUCACAUUCUGCCAGAUUCGGUGGCACCCUUGGAUAUGGCAAUGGCUAUGGGAAGAGCAGAAAUCCAAGAAAAUGGAAUGGACCCGUUCGAAAUCCCAGAAUACACUAGCAUUCUGGGAACUGGGGUUGUUGUGAAAAUCUUCAAUGGAACGCUGCAUGGGCUCUCCACGAUACACAGGACUGGAGAUGUAAUCUUCAACUUUGAGAAUGGAUCCCUGGUAGUUGGAGCUCAAGCAGCUACUCAACGUCUAAAGGGGCAUUUCAAUUGGCAGCUGGACUUUAAAGUUUUUGCACCUAGAGGUAAAAUCAGCCUUCAAAUUGACCACCUUGACGUCAAGAUAGGUUUGAGUCAGCCAGUCAACGUUCAAAAGAAACCUAGGCUAGAAGUUUUGCAAGUCAACUUGGGGAACAUUCAGGCUCGUUCAACUGGGACGGGAUCAGUGGACUAUCUCAUUGAAUUUGCUGUCAACUUCCUAAUCAACGGUUUCAGAAGUGUAGUCCUACGAACAAUGGAGAAGCCAGUUACCUUCAUCAUCCAGAAAGAACUGGACAAAAUAGAUGUUGAGGCUAUGAUUGAAGAGCAACUGCCCAAGUUAAGUGAGUUAAAGAAUGAUUUGUAAACCCAAGUUCCCCUUAAACGUGUUAGACUAACAUUUGGUAUAAAGUAAAAUGUGUGCUAUUUUCAACAAACCUGGGUCAGAUGACAUUGCUGAAUUCUCCAUUGCUUAAACUGAGAGAAUACCUGUAAACAUAAAAAUAAUUCUUUUAUUAGAACAGAAGUAAAUCGACGGGGAAAAAAUGUCUUGGGCAUACAUGCCUCCUGUCAUUUUGUCCAUACAAUAUUACUUCAAUACACAAAAAAGAAAUAAACACACAAGCUUAAA